AUGCUACGCCUUCCGAAACCAGCCUCCUUUUGGGGUAUCAUUCUACUCGUUGCAGCGUACGACCUCCUGCUCGAGGACGUAACGACCUAUCUCCUUCCAUGCAUGGCGACAAUGAUCACCCUGCCUGACGGGUUAUGGCUCUGGGCUUGGAGAUACCGCGAGGCCUUCUUUCAGCGCUGCUUGCUCUGCUUCAGUAUCAACUAUUCUCUCUGGAUCUACCACGCCAUGCAAAGUGACGACGGCUUGUUCCCUUGGGCCACCACGAUCCAUGCUCAACGUCCUCCUUCUCUCCCAAUUCCGGCAUCGUGGAAUGAGGCUAUCGACGUCCUGUUCCUCCAAGUUGAAUAUCUCGCCUCAACCGGUGCGCAUAUCUUUGCUGCCCUCCCCUUCCAUGAGCCGGCGACGUACCUUGUCUUGUACCUUGUCUUGCGCGCAAAAAAGCUUAUCCUAAAGUUUUUCGUGUUGUUCUGCCUUGCAAAUCUUGCAAUUUGGAUCGCCUUAAAGUAUUCCUGUGAUGCUCGCGAGGUCAUCAAGGAUCUUUCAGCCCGAGCCUUCAAAUGUAUAUACCAGGUAUUGGUCUAUGGUAUUGGCAACGACGAGUUUGAACCACCAGUCCCUGGUUCUUUCCCAGUUACCAAAAGCUACGGAUCUCCCGAAAGCGAUGAGUCUUCCUCAGUGGAUUCACUCAUUUCCCGUAACGAUCCCCGAAACGGACGCAGUCUACCAUUGCCAUCACCUACCGCUUCCGACAACUGUGCAACGAAUGAGCCUGCUGAGAGAGAAUUCGAGCCGAAGGACACCGAUACGAGUACCGACACCGACACCGGCACCGACACCGACACCGACGCGGACACGGACACGGAAUCCUGUUCCUGUUGUGACGAGAAAGGAAGAGAAAAGCAACACGAACACGACCUCGACCUCGACCCUGACCACGACAAUGUCCAGCAUGCCACGAACCCCAAUGUAAACGAAAUGGAAAGCUUCCCAGAACGACCCCCUGACUCCUUUCGCUUCCACUUCCGCCGAAUCGACCAUCUCGGCCGGCGGAAUGCCUGGGAUUGGACCAACAUUCCGACCGUCCGGAUUAUGGUGAAGUGGUGGGAGGUCCAGGGCCAGGGGCGAGAGGAUCAGGAAGAGGGAGAGGACGAAUAUGAGGAAGAGUAA